UCACUCAGGCAGCAUUUUCAGCUGUCCAACACGGACCGUACCGUCUUCGAACCAAAAAUGCUGUUCAUCGCUUUAGUAAUGGCUUGUGCGCUUUUGCCAACUGCGACGUCGCGCAUGUUCAAUGAAUCCAUCUACUUGGUGACGAUGAGCUCCCAGGUGGUGGGUGGGAGCAUGGAGACCCUGUGUGUCCAUGUUCACAAGCCCACGGAGCCACUUUCCCUCGUGGUGACACUUCAACUGGAGCAGGGACAGUUAGCCAGGCUGCUGGAGACCAGAGUCAACUGGGGCUUUAAUUACUGUCUCCCAUUCGAGGUACCAUCUGUGGUGCUUGAGACUGUGGCCACCCUCGGUGUCUCUCUGACUGGAUACAAAGACUCGAUGAGCAAGGAGACAAAGAUCCUCAUUAGCACCUCUAACGUCAUCACCAUCAUCCAGACAGAUAAGCCCAUCUACAAACCUGGCCAGAAGGUUCAGUUCCGCGUCGUCUCUCUGACUUCCAGUUUUGGGAUGUACAACCAGAAGUAUCAAACUGUAGAGAUUCAGGAUCCCAACUCCAACCGCAUCGCUCAGUGGCUGGACCUUUCAACGGUCAGUGGCAUGCUGGACCUCUCCCACCCCACCACAGCAGAGGCCCCUCUGGGCCGAUACGUCAUCACCGUCUGGAACGAGAAGGGCCAGGAGACCUCCACUGGCUUCAACCUCAAAGAAUAUGUUCUGCCCAAGUUCGAGGUGACGGUGUCUCUGCCCAGCGUCAACAUCCUGGACACUGAGGUCACACUGACGGUGUGCGGAAAGUACACGUAUGGGAAGCCUGUCCAGGGCUCGGUGAGGGCUGAAGUCUGCAGGUCUUCAUUUGGGUAUCAACCAGAAGGAGACUCCAACAUCUGCGAGAAGUAUAACCUUGGUUUGACUGAUCCAAGCGGCUGUGCAACACAAGUGGUGGACGUGACUCUGUUCAGACUGGACCAACAUGGGUAUCAGGAUGUCUUUGAUGUGCAUGCGGAACUAGAGGAGAGUGGGACAGGGGUUGUCGUAAAGGGCCAAGGCAGUGCCAGGUUCACCAGCUUUAUCAGAGAUAUCAUGUUUGAGGGUGUCCCCUCAUACUUCAGACCUGGCAACCUUGUCCAGGGCAAGAUAAAGGUGCUGCGCCCAGACUUCUCCCCCGCUGCCAACGAGUUGGUCUACCUGAUCCUGAAUACAGAUGGGCAGUCGGAGAACUGGACCCUGACCACAGACAGCAGUGGCAUGGUCCCCUUCUCUCUGGUCACCACCACCUGGAAGGAUCCUGUAUAUUUGAAGGCUCUCUUAAAUUUGGAAGAAGCUAAUUUUUUUGGACCGACACGCAUUCCAGGAUACUUCCCGGCCUACCACUACAUCACAGCCUUCUACUCCAAGAGCAGGAGCUCAGUAUCUCUCCAGGGUGCCAGCCAGAGAUUAUCCUGCAACACAGAUGCUGUCAUACUCGCCACCUACUUUGUCAAGGGGGAGGAACUCGAUAAGGGCCAAAAGACUCUGGACUUCUUUUAUAUGGUUGAUCACUGUCGACUGUCUUUAGAAAACCGAGGGAAUUUGCGUGUGCCACUUGAGCGUGUUGAUGAGCUUGCCCCAGUGGCCCAAGUGGUUGUGUACACAAUCAUGCCCAAUGGAGUGAUUGUGGCCGACAGCCUGGACUUCCCUGUCGAGCUCUGCCUCAAGAACAAGGUGUCUCUACAGUUUUCCUCGCUCCAGGCACUACCUGGAGGGUCUGUGUCCCUGAUGCUGAAGGCCCAGCCAGGCUCCCUCUGUUCCGUGAGGUCCAUCGACCAGUCAGUCCUGCUGCUGCAGCCUGGAGAAGAGCUCAACAUCAAUUCACUGUAUGGACUAGUACCGCUCCACCAGUUGUUGGGCUACAAUUACAAAAUAGAAGACCCUGUAUCGAACCUAUGCAGACCUGAGGGACCCUUGAACCCUUUUCCCAUGCAACAGGACUUGCCACCUCCAAUCAGCUACAGGUCUGAUGUUUACGGUGUCUUCAGAUCUAUAGGCAUGAAGAUCAUGACCAACUCUGAUGUGCAGAGACCUUUUGACUGUACAUUCUACUCUCACCCUGUGCUGAAUGCCCCCCUCGGUGGUUCAGCUGACAUCGUCCCGAAAGAGACACUGCGAACUUUCUUCCCAGAGACCUGGAUCUGGGACCUGGUGCCUGUUGGAGACUCUGGUGCCAUGACAGUUGAGAAGACCGUCCCUGACACCAUUACCACAUGGGCUUCUGGAGCUUUCUGCACGUCCCCCGGGGGUCUGGGUCUGGCUCCCAGUACGACCCUCACAGCCUUUCAGCCUUUCUUCGUCAGCCUCACCUUACCGUUCUCAGUCAUCCGCAGAGAGGUGUUCGCCCUCCGGGCCACCGUCUUCAACUACCUCUCCACGUGCAUCAUGGUCAAGGUGACCGUGUCACAAUCAGACCAGUUCAGCAUCACCUCCUGUGUUGACUGCCAGUACCAGCUGUGUCUGUGUGCCAAUGAGAGCAGAACUUUCCAGUGGCUCGUCACCCCCACCGCUCUAGGGGAGGUGAGUGUGAAGGUGAGUGCAGAGGCCCUAACGACCAUCGUUCACUGUGGCAAGAGCCUGCCCACUGUUCCCAAGAUGAGCCGCAUUGACACGGUGGUCCAGACAUUCUUGGUGGAGGCUGAGGGGAUCCCUAAGACUGACAGCUACAACGCCCUCCUCUGCCCUGCAGCGGGUCCAGUAGAGCAGACUAUCUCUCUGCAGCUGCCGGCUGAUUUUGUGAUUGGAUCAGCCAAGGCUUCGCUCUCUGUCCUGGGUGACUUGAUGGGCAGAGCCUUGAUGAAUGUGGGCAGCCUGCUGGCCAUGCCCUUCGGUUGUGGAGAGCAGAACAUGCUUCAGUUUGCCCCCAUCGUCUACAUCCUGGAGUACCUGCAGAGUACCCAUCAACUGACCACUGAGAUCAAGGACAAGGCUGUCGUCUUCCUGCAGGGUGGUUAUCAAAAUGAGCUCAACUACAGACAUACUGAUGGCUCGUACAGUGCCUUUGGCCAGGGGGAUGAAUCUGGCAACACCUGGUUGACCACCUUUGUAAUGAAGUCUUUCGGAGGGGCGCAGCCUUUCGUGUUUAUCGACCCCAUCCACAUCACCAUGGCGAAGUCCUGGUUGGCCAGUCUGCAGCAGCCUAAUGGCUGCAUCACCUCUGUGGGGAAGCUCUUCCACAAUGCCAUGCAGGGAGGCGUGAGUGACGACGUGUCCCUGACUGCCUACGUCACUGCAGCCCUGCUGGAGCUGGGGUAUAACACCACUGACCCCAUGGUUGUGACCUGUCUGGGCUGCUUACGGACUGCAAUAGCUAACCCAGUGGAUAACCUCUACACUGUAGCCCUGCUCUCCUACACCUUCACCCUGGCAGGAGACCAGGACACACGGCGCAUGCUGAUCACCUACCUGGACCUGGCUGCCCAUGUCACAGACGGUGCUCGUCACUGGGAGAGAAAAGCCACUUCUGGGACUGGCCUGAACUCCAUCUCUGUGGAGAUGACCUCGUAUGUUUUGCUCUCGCUUCUGUCCGGACCGGUGAUGGAAGGUUUCGGGUUGGACUACGCAUCCACCAUCGUCUUCUGGCUGGUCAGGCAACAGGACUACAAUGGAGGCUUCUCGUCUACACAAGACUCAGUGGUGGCACUGCAGGCCCUGGCAAAAUUCGGUGCUGCCACCUACAGUCCAGGAGGUGCUACUACAGUGGUGGUGACCUCUGGUGACUGGAGGCAGGACUUCAGGGUGGACCAGCAGAACUGCCUGCUGUACCAGGAGCAGCCACUAAAGCAGGUUCCUGGAGAGUACCGGAUCAGGGCUGAAGGGGAGAGCUGUGUGUUUGUCCAGAUCGCUCUGCAUUACAACAUCCCCCCUCGUCCAGAUGUCUCUGCCUUUACUUUGACAGUUGAGGUGGUCGAUAGGUGUCAACCCAAACCCUCCCUCAUCUUGGUGGUUAAUGUCAGGUACAGUGGUCACCGGGAUGAGACCAACAUGGUUAUUAUUGACAUCAAACUUCUUUCCGGCUUCAUCCUAGACAAGACCUCAGUGAACCCUAUGAAGGCUUCAAAGCGUGUUGAUGAGAAGGAUGGACAUGUGAUCAUCUACGUAGAACAGCUGAAGCGGAUGGAGACCAUGUCCUACACACUCGUCAUGGUGGAAGACUUUCCUGUCAAGAACCUCCAACCUGCUGUGGUCAAAGUCUACGACUACUACCAGAAAAGUGACGAGGGGGUUUGUGAGUACACCUCUACCUGUGCGAGUGACAUGUAAAAGGAUGGACAUCUGCAUUACAUUUCCUGUAUCUGACCAAUAAAAGCUUUUACC